UUUUAGGGAGACAAAGCUCUGAACGUAAGGAAGAAUUUGGGAUUAUAGUAGUGGUGGAAAUUUUGGAACUACAAUAAUGGAGGUGGUCUUCUGAUCGUCCAGCGAAUAGGGUCAGAAGUACAAUGAAAAUAUUAGGCAGUAGUUUGAAAAGCCCUUGUGUAGGUAAUCCCUCUGUCCUUGUCUUCGUUCUCUUUCUCCAGCUCUUCUCAGCCUAAGCCACCACUGCACUUACUACAAUGGGGCUCUGUAAAUGCCCCAAGAGGAAGGUCACGAACCUGUUCUGUUUUGAGCAUCGGGUGAACGUCUGUGAGAACUGUAUUGUUGCUAAUCACGCCAAGUGCAUCGUCCAGUCGUACCUACAGUGGCUUCAGGACAGCGACUACAAUCCCAAUUGUCGUUUGUGCAAUACUCUUCUUUCCGACAAAGAGACGGUCCGGCUUGUGUGUUACGAUCUCUUUCACUGGUCCUGCCUCAACGAGAUGGCCAAUCAGCUGCCGCAGAACACGGCUCCCGCUGGCUAUCAGUGCCCCAAUUGCCAGGGCCCCGUCUUCCCUCCCACCAACUUGGUCAGUCCAGUUGCAUCUGUCCUCCGAGAGAAGCUCUCGACCGUCAACUGGGCUCGGGCUGGACUCAGGCUUCCCCUGAUUGAUGAAAUGGAAGCAGCUCGAGACACAGAUUCUCCCAACACCACAGAGUGUAGCGACUGGUCCAGUUUCACAGCCCUCAGCUCAGAAGCUGCUGCCCCACAGGGUUCAGUGUCCUCGUUUGCCUACAACGCCGGCUGCAACUUCCCGUCUCCGCAGCAGCCGCAAAGCCUGAAGAACGGCGGUGUUGCGGAGCAGCACACGGUUGUCAGCAUCAGUGACGGGGGUAGAGACCCCGUCACCAUCAAUGCAGUCUCCUCGCCGCGGAAAAUUUAUGAUACCCGGGAAGGGGGGUUCGGCAGGGACUCGGGCAUCGCCAUCGACUUUGACGAGGACAAAUACCGACGGCGGCCGACCCUCAGCUGGCUUGCCCAGCUGCUCAAGAACCGCUUCGGCGCCCGAAAGCAGCCACGCUCUUUGAUGCAGAGGUUUGUCGUUUUCCUCCUGAUCGGCGGGAUCGGCUUCCUCACGCUCGUCAUCGUCAUGAUGAAGCUGGGACGGGCCUCGGCCGACAACGACCCCAGCCUGGACCCCAAGUUCAACCCGCACAUCCGAGUGGGACAGUAGUGAGUAGGGCCGGCCUCUCCUUUGUCGUGUGGCCCCGUACCCCGCUCUCGGCUCUUCCUCUUCGCCACUCCUUGGCAAAAUGGACCCGAGAGGGAGUCCUGGGGUGGCAGCGGCUGGGUCCCGGUGAGCUUCCCAGCCUGGAUGAGCAAGGCUGUUGGGACACCUUCAAAGCUUGGAGGAAGGUAUGCUGGUUAAAAGACGGCCCUCGCUCUCCUCCUCCUCCUCUACUCUGCCAGUUGGGUGGGAGUUGAAAAUAAUGCAUUGUGUUGCCCCACAGGGCAGUGUUAUGCAGACAUGCCAGGUGGGCAGCUGAGGGGCACAAUUAAACUGGCAACUUUAAAGAGAACAAUUGCUCACCCUCUAUCUUCCUUCUCUUGCUGCUACUCAGUAGGUCUGUGGGCAAAAGAGGUCCUUGUCUCUUAGCACAACCCGUGUAUCCCUACAGCUUUGCAGAGGAGAUGUCUGGUGGGGCUGAGGGGCUUCUCCACUGCUUUGUUUUCAUUCUUCGAUGGAUGUUUAAGACUGUAAUGAUCUGCUGGGAGCCAGGUGUCUGUCUUGCUCAGUCUGUUGCCACCCAACCUGCAGCAAUUUUUAGAAAAGAGCAGGGCCAAGUUUGGAGAUUUCUAGGUCAAGUAACAGGGCCUCCUACCCUAAAUCCACUUUGAUGCUUGUGCACAAGUUGCCCUUGGUUGCCAGAACACCAGAGCUUCACCUGAAAAAGGGAGCUCUAAGCUGGAGCAACACCUGCCGGCACCCCUCCUCAGUACUUUUCAUCAGCACACCUACAUUCCAGCCUCUCUCUGCUGCUUUGUCUGCACAAGGCAGUUGGGGUGUGGGGGGAGGAGACAGGCUUCUUCCCCCUUUCCCUGUAAUCAUCUGGCAGAAAUGGGGAGGACCACAACAGCUGGCUGUCUUUGAGAUGCCCGUGACAUGGGUCUUCUAGGCCUUGGUGCUCGGGGGCCCAUUUUGUAGGACCAAAUGCUGGAACCACAGCCUUCCUCUCUAGCCUGGUGGCAGAACAGGUCCGCAGCUUGAUUGGCAGAUGGCUGAUCUGCGGUGGAGAUGAGAGGUGGACAGUUCCGCAGCACAUAAGUUUUGCUUUGCUUGACUUAAUAGGCCAGACUACACAUCGCAGAGGAAGGCCUGAGCAGGGCCCAUGUCCUUGCACCCCGCUGCUCCUUGUCCUCUUGGUUCUAGAGAGCCCUCUGCCUUCCAGGCUCACCUUCGGCCACACACACACACCCCUCCGUUCAAACACUGGUUCCUCUGGAGGGGUGGCAGCUACCAUCUCUUCUCCAGAGCCACCUUUCCCCUGUCUGGUGCUUGCAGAUCUGCUGGGUCAAUAGCUUCACUAAAAGUGGCAGCCCCAAACCAUUUGGAGGGCUCCUGGUGAAGCAAAGGCUUGUCUCGUCCCUGACGUUCAAUCCAGAAGGGUGAGGCAAGGCAACUCUUCCCACGAUCCUUUGCAGGAGCCUGUGUUUGGGAAGGACUGGGCUGGUGGAACUAUGGUAAAUGAUCUGUGAGGUUUAUUUCUUGCCUCCACGUGCUUUGGACGUAGGAACAGUGAGUGUGCAAAGCUCUGGCACAUUGAAGCAAUAGAGACAUUUGUUAAUAUUCUAUUAAACUCUUGGCUAAUCCCAA